CGGGCAGGUUGCUCCAGGCAGGCGCAAAGGCCGUUUCCCACAGCCCAGUCCAGUCCAGUCCAAGCCACACCACGCCGCCCCAAUCAGCCGCGCUUGGGUGAUCCGCCAGCGCCCGCCUCGACCACCAGAUCAAAUCCAUCAAGAUCCACGACAGCCAGCACAAGAACGCAGCUGCCCUUACUUGAGCCACGUCCCGAUCCGAUCCGCCUUCCCGAGCAUUCAACGCUGCAGCUAAUGAGCCAUUCCCAGGCGAUUCCCCUCUAUCCACUCUCCGGAUAUACAUUUGGAUCGAAGGAUGCUCAGCCCGAAGAAGAUCCGUCGGUGGCAGCACGGCUGCAGCGUCUCCAAUCUGAAUUUGAAACACAGGGCAUGCGCCAGACUGUCGAGGCCGUCCUCGUUGUCCACGAGCACAAGCAUCCGCAUGUCCUGAUGCUUCAAAUUGCAAACACAUUCUUCAAACUACCUGGUGAUGCAUUGAAGCCUGGCGAGGACCCGAUAGAAGGGCUGAAGCAGCGCCUGACUCAAAAAUUGUCGCCAGCAAACGUCGACGGAGACGAUUGGCAAAUUGGCGAGCUCUUGACAGUCUGGUGGAGGCCUAACUUUGAAACAUUCAUGUACCCGUAUGUUCCAGCACAUAUAACUCAACCCAAGGAAAUGAAGCGGGUCUAUCUCGUCCACCUGCCCGAGAAGAAGCUGCUGUCGGUUCCGAAAAACAUGAAGCUCUUGGCCGUCCCGCUUUUUGAGCUUUACGACAAUGCUGCGCGCUACGGACCUCAGCUUUCGGCACUACCCCAUCUUCUAUCGAGGUGCAACUUUGAUUACAAGUAGCGGGCAGCUGGUGGGGCGAUGCCCGGCACCUAUCCACAGCUCACUGACGGCGAUACCAUCCGGCGAGGAGCGGCAAGGCCAGCGACGAUGCACGCAAUGGCGAGGGGACACUAUGCUCGGGAGCCUAUCAAUGAAAGGCACUGUCGCCGUUCUGAAACCCAAUAAUAGCCUCUGGCACCCGCGGCCAGUCAAUGUCCCUCGCAA